UUUUUUUUUUUUUGUGUGCCUGUAUUUUUGUCUGUAUUACACUGUAUACAGUAGGUACAUGUCAGAGCAAUGAAUAUCAAAGUGUAUAAACCCUGCUGACCCACUGAAACCCCUGUUUCUUCCAAAUCUGUAUGCGUUUCUGUGUACAUGCAUUGUCACCCACACUCCUGACUUCUUCCCCACUCAUCUGCUUGUUGACGUCUCUCCUUAUUUGUCAUCUGUUUGCUGGAUCAUUGAGCAGCCAUUUUUCACCCCUUUCAUUUUCCUUUCCUUUUCUUUACCUUACACCUUUUCCCUCCUACUUCUUUUCUACUUGCUAUCUUUCCUCAAGCCGCUAUCUUACGCAUACCAAGAUCUUUUUACUUUUACUUUUCUUUCUUUUAUUUUAAUUUUGUAAUAACAACCAAAAAUAAAAAGAGCCAUUACCGUUCAGAGACUAUGAACACGUCCAAACAUUACGAGCAACAGCAAAAACAGCAAGGAAAAGGGUACAGAGCAAGAGCAUUGUCAGCAGCAGCUCUAUCUGGUUCUCCUACGCCGUCAUCACCAUCAUCCUUUGCUGCUGGAGCUACUGCUACUAAUUUGGGUAUACCAAUGGGAAGACCACUGCCCAGGACACCCGGCCUUCAACAGCACUUGGACCCAUCGAUGCCAAAUGGUACUGGAUUGGGCAUAGGAGCAAGUGGUCUUGGUGCAGCAGGCAGUAGUAACAACAUCAGUCCCAAUGGUCCGUAUAUAAAUCCCAAUGCCAACAAUAUAGCUCGAUCCUCUAGAGUUAGUGUCAAUAUCACCCAGUCGUCAUCCACAUUGUCUACAACUCUCGCCAACAACAACAGUAGUACUACUCAUAUCAGCAGCCAUGGAGAGAGUCAUGACAAUAAUAGUAAUAGCAAUACUAGAGCGGGCCAUACCUCAUGGAUUCAGGGUUUGUCGAAGAGUUCUCUUUCUCUUCAACAACAAGAACAACAGAGGAGACGUUCACUGGCAGAAGAUCCAUCUUACCAGGCAGCCUUGACGCGACCGAUCUCACCCACUAUGAUCAUGAAUUAUAUUCCUCCACCGGCAACAACUAAUCCUUCUAAGAAUAAUAACGCAAAUAAUACGAAGGCAAAUAUCGGCAGUGACAAUCAUCAUAACAAUAGCAAUACUAACAACAGUGGCAGCAACGGUAAUAAUAGCUCGGGAGCUUUGGAACCACUUGCUCAUCCCAUGCCACAGUCAUCCACAACAACAGCAACACCAAUAGCAUCAUCCUCAUCAAAUACCAAUAUUCAUAAUCCAUCCUUAAGGAUUCACAGCGCCACAGCUGCGCUCUCACCUUCAUUCAAUACUCUUGGACAAUCAGCAUCAAAACCAGUAACUCAUCUAGGAGGUCGGAAUUAUGUCGGUUCAAACAUUUCCAACCCCAACGGAGGCACCAUAAACCCACAGCCACCGAGCGUAUCAGCCGCUGUUCUGAACUCUGAAGAUCCUACCUCCAACUCUUCACGGUUUGCGAGGCGAGGGCCUUUGAUGAUGAACUAUGACAAUAGUAGCCAUCAAAGUAUUUUUUCUUCGUAUAGCGCUAAUGGGUCAUCAUCAAUAGAUACGGGUGGUAGUGGAGGGGGCGGAUUUGGUGCACGUUCAAGACAUGAAAGCGCAGUACACACUGAUCUAUUGGAAAGUCCGGCGUCGAUCCCCAAUCAGUCUCAACCUUACCAACAAUCAUCCCAGACGCAGAUACAGUUUAGUCCAGGAAAUCAGAGGGUGAUGAUCCAGGGAAAUGGAUCUUCCACGACAGGGUUCUCACCUGCAUCAUAUGGUACAGGGACUCAACUGCAGAUUGCAAAGGAAGGAUGGCUGUGGAAACGAGGAAACUUGCUGACAUGGAAACGAAUUUACGCCAUCGGCAGGUACCGCGGGGAUGCACAUCCAGGAGUCAUGACAUUGUUCAAAGACAACGAGCAUCUGUUCCCGACCAAGACCAUUGAUAUGGCGGAAUGCUAUGAGGUUCAGGUCAAGGGUCAAGAUGCCAAGGCCACAGGCCGAUUUGAGUUCAAAGUUGUGAGUCGAAAAGAAGAAACUUGGUUUGCGACUGAUACGAUGUCUGAACGGACUGCGUGGAUUGACGCUCUUAAUUCCCUCAUGGUCGCUAAAGCCGUGGGUGCAUCUUUGAUGAAAUUGGAAGCCAAGCUUAACAAUAUCCGACAUCGCAAUAACUCACUUGAAUAUGCUCAUAUAACUCCUAGCAGCACUAAUGUUGCUAGCAACGCGGGUGGCUUUGUAAGUUCCGCUGGAGCUGGAGUUGGAACAGUUGCCGGAUCAAUGAUCACAGCAGCAACAAACGUAGGAUCAUCCUCCAAUUCCUCUGCCUCUGCAGCAUUUGAUAGGCCAUCGACGCCGUCUUCUAAUAUGCAGACCGAACAUCUUUCAGUUGCUCAACAGGAUCUAGCGACACGGGAGCAACUUUUAGCUCAACGAGAACAGGAGCUGGAGCGGAAACGGACUGAAUCUUUAUUGGUACAGCUGGAAGCCUGGCGUGCGGCCGCUAAAGUAACUGUCAACCAACAUUAUGCGGUCCGUGAUCAACUAUUAGAACGAGUGAUGAAGACCGCUAGAACCGUACAAGAACUCUUAGAGCGAGCUAGGAUUCAUUUAGAGACCGGAUCAGACCAGAUUACCGAGAUUGUACAGAGCCAUUUAGAAUGUCUCCGAGUUCAUACAAGCGAGUCUGCAGUCAAUGCUACCUCAUGCAAGAUGCUCAAGUCAAUCCUUGUGGGGCUGACGGUUAAUCUAGACACAAGAAGUUCAGAGUUGAAAAGAGUGUUGUUGGUCUUGGAUCAGUAUAUCAAUACCGCCAAGAGAACAUCUUCGUCAAAAUCAUCUCAUCAGAUUUCAACAACAACAUCUACAUCAUCGCCUACUUCACCGACAUUAGCUGGUCUGCCCACUGGCGCAAGCAAAGAACGCCGAUUGUCAGUCGGAGGUACAUCUCUUCAUUCGUCUCCUCUCCCUACGUAUCCCCCAUCUACAUCGGGCAUCACUAUGUAUUUAAUUCAAGUUCGUGAUAAAUACAGGGAGACACUCGAGGUCCUGCAAGAUUAUUCCAAGAGACUAAAACAAGUGCUGGAACGAGCAGAUGUAGUUCACUCGUCUCCGGAGAGUGUGCGCAAAUUCCGUGAUGAGAUCCAGGAGGCUCUUAAGGGCCUGACCAAGAUGCCAUCAUAUGUUUUUACACCAUGUCUACCAGAUCAACCACUACCAGGCGCAGCAGAUACAUUCUACAGGGAAGACUUGGUAUUACUCCAUCAACAAAAGAAUAAAGCGCAGCAGCAGCAACAGCAGAGCAAUGAGCGCGAACAAGAGGAUUCUGCAUCCUUGCCAACAACCGACAGAGAUACAACUCAGGAUCCAAACAAGGAAACCACUGCCGCUACUACUGCCUCAAGAUCAUCAUCAUCUGCAUCCACAUCAUCUUCGAACACACAUGGCGGAGCACCUGCAUUGUCGCUUGCACUCCCACCAUCCCUUUCCUCUUUUCUACUACUUGACACCACUGCCACUACCACUGCUACCACUACCACUGCUACCACUACUACUGCUACCACUACUACUAAUGCUGCUAGUAGCACCGUCGAUGCAGGAGCUACCAUCGCAGAAAAGGCAUUGGUUCAGACCGAGGCUCAAUUAAGUACAGCAUCUGCUGCCGAGCUGACCCAAAAGCUUCGAGAUACGAUCCUUCCAGAGUUCGAACACCUCUCGAUCAAACAGGAAGAGUCUUUACAGUCAAUGACCACACUUCUGAAUCAAAUCUCAUCUACUUUAGUUAAUCGCUUGACCGAGAUCAAAGAUGCGACUGCAGGACAACGCCAAGAGUUUGAGGAGCUGAAGGAUGAAAUCAUUGAUGUGAUGCAGCUCUCCGCCACAGACCCCAGUGGUCACCAACGAGAUAUUUCAGCGCUAUCAGAAAUUCGAUCCAAGUUGGCAGAGAUUACAGAUCAGCUGACAAAAGUCCAGGAUUACCAAAAUCAACAGAAUAAUAUGAUUAUGCUUAAUGGUGGAGGUAUUAGUGGCAGAGGUAUGGGUUUCGGACAGCAAGGUUACUUCGCGACUAGUCACCCUCAUCAUGGCCAUAGGCGUCUUGUGGGUUCAGGUGUAGCUAUGACGGGUAGCAACAACGGCAAUAGCGCUACUGCCACAGGACUAUCACUCCUACAACGAUCUGCUAGUACGAUGGUCCAUCCUUCCUUCGGGAGCGCACAUCCAUUCUACAACACCAUCGAUGGUGGAUCGUCAUCAACCCGGCCGCAUCUUCAACGAGGCGGAUCGUCCAAUUUACAUAACCGUCUUCACCAACCUCCUUCUGUGUCGAUAACGCCCAAGAUCGCAGGGAUGACACGACUCUUUGAAGAUGGGGAGGAUGAUAGUAAUGACAGCAGUAAUCUUGACACCAGUAGCGACUUUAAUCAUCAAUCGUCGUCAUCAUUCAAUGGUGGCAACGCCAGAUAUAUGCAUGGCGGAUAUGAUAGUGAUCGCCAUCGUCAGAGUCAAGAGUUGAUGAUCUCGAAGCUGGACCAAUUGCUUCUACUGCUUGAGUUCGUCAACACAGCACAAUGCCGUAUGAUGGCUUACCAAGACUUGGAGUUUGACAGGCAGCGAGCAAACUUUAGUGGCACUAAUAUAAAUGUGGAUGAUAAUAGAAUGAUGGCUGUCCAGGAGUAUAUGGAGCAGAUGGAUCGAAAGAUGAACUUACAGAUGCAUCUGCUGAGACGAUUGGCGUCCAUUCAAGGCACUGCUGGUACCAUGGAUGGUACAGACGAUGUGGCCCAUUCUGGUGCUCAAGUCCGGGAGAUUACGGACGAUAACGGCAUCGAUGAUAAAGGAAGGGGUGAGGACGACAUGAAGCUUAAUAAUAGCCACGGCAUUGAGGAGAUGAUCAAGACUCUGCCUCCUGAGAACGAACUAUCGCUUAUAGAAGUGUUGAAUCGCUUGGAUUUACAAAUUAUUCCUUCUGUCAAGGAUCAAUCUGGUCGGAUCCAGGAGCUCUCAGAUCAGCUUACCGAGAUGAAAAGACAGUUAGAUGAACAACAGCGACGAUUGGAGCAACAGCACAAUUUUAGUGGGACCAUUUUCAAACCUCGAGUUCCCACCCCUAAUGUGGCUCCUAUCUUGAAUAGGAGCAAAAGCACAGAUCACUCAACAACGCCGCUGAUGCUUUCGAGAUCAUCCUCUCAAGCAUCCAUUCAGCAACAACAACAGCACCAGAAGCAUCAACAGGCAGCUUCUUUGGCUUCACCCUUAGAUACAGAAUCCUCGCCAGCGUCGUGGAGGGCUUCCUUGCGUCCUAGCAACAGCACCGGAAGUAGCUUUACGCAGUCCCGAGAACGAUUAUCCUCUUCUCCAACUACCGGAGCUGUUCCUUCUCCCGCUUCUUCCCUUGACUCGCUUCCAUCUUCAACGUCAGCAACUCCUUCAAGCGGUACUAAUGAGGACCAGACAAACGUGAUCAUGACCAAGACUUCGGACAGAAUCGUAGAGCUAUUGGAUAGAAUGGAUGCCAAGAUGAGCCAGAUGAUUGAUGAUCAACUUCCCCGAUAUGAGAAAGGAAACAACGAGCUGUUGACCAAGGUCUGUGAGCUCUUGGAUGACUGUGUUGAUAAAGACAGUAAAGAGGACGAUAAUGCUUUGAGUGAGGAUGACAACCAAGGGAACAAAGGCACCAGGCGUAGAGGAGGACGCUCAGCAGCAGAGGUAUCGACAUUGGCACAAACUGCUACAGUCGCUGAUAUUUCCAAAGCAGACCUAAUUCCAUUGACACAGAAGUUGCAAGGGCUUGAAACCAUGUUGAUGGAGCAGAAUGACCAUGAAGAAUUGCGACAGGUUGGCAACAAGGCACUUUGGAAGGAGAUGAUGAUCAUGUUGGAGGACAUUCAUCGCCACCACAGAACCGCCACACCAUCGUCAACCUCAUCCUCACUCGAUCGUGCUGGUAAUGGUAUGGAUGGGGAUUUGACUCCUCCGGUGCGCACAUCUACUUCAACGCCACAAUUGACCACAGGAUCCGCUACUGCUCCUCCAGUAUUGUUACCUGCUUCUACUGCGGCUACGGAAACGAUUAUAGAUUCCUUAGAGCGGCUCAAAUUCUUGAUUCAAGGAGAGGCUGACCGCUCCGAAUCAUCGCUGAACGAACAGCGGGAUGAGAUCUUGGAGAAGAUGAACCAAGUCUUAUCUUCGAUUCAAGAAUCGCAAGGCGAGAUGGGAUCUCGAGAUGCGGCUGUCAAAGAAGAACUGCAAGAGAUGCGAGAGUGGAUUGUGAAACAUUCAAGUAUGCAAACUGAAAACUUGCGGGAGAUUGUGUUUGCAGCUAGGUCAACAGUCGGUUCUACAAUUGCGGAUGCGACCGCUUCGGCCGCAGCAGCAACCGUGAAAGACAGAGAUAGGGAGGAUGUGCUUUUAGAGGCAGAUGUUGUCAAUAGUGUUAGAGCUACUGGUAUUGAAGGUAGUGAAGGGAGAGGGGGAGGAGGAUGUAGUAGUAGCGGUAGUGAAGAGGAGUAUACUCGAGUCGAUAUUCUGGAUGAUCUUGAACAAGAGGAGCGAUUGUUGAGUAAACCAACGCAUCUUUCUCGAAGCCGUCUUCAAUCUCUACAGCCAUCUUAUGAGCCCCUUCCUGCUCCUCUCGUCGCUGUGACGGCUGAGGCCACUAAAGAGAUCCAAGGGCUCAAAGAACAACUGGAGAUGUUCACGAAGGUCCAAAUGGCCACAUUUUCAGAACUAGCAGAUAAUGUUUCAGGUGUAGAGAAGAUGAUGCGAGACAUGUCCAAGGUGAUGGGUAUUCGUCGAGGAGGAACUCUGAUCAGGAAACGAGAGGCCGAACAAGGACGAGCCAUGUUGGCAAUGGAAGUCAAAGAAACGAUCGAAGAGGUCAUGGCUAGAAUGGGAAGAUCCAACUCUUUGGCUAACAUAUCCAACGCAACUUCUUCAUCUUCGUCACCUCCUGUUGGCUCUGGAGGGCCUCAAAAGACACCAAGGUCAUCCAUCGACAGUCAGGAUGAAGCCAGUAGUAACAGCAACAACAACAACAACAACAACAACAAAGGCUUCCUCCCCCGUGGCGACAGUGGUUUGUUUAAAUAUCUAUAUCAACCCCGCCGAUCUGCAGCCUCUAAUACCAACAACGCAGCUACGGAUGCGUCUAAAUCAACCACGCUGGCCACGUCUCCUUCUAUGGCGUCCUCACUUCUUGCAGAGGUUACGCCCAUGUCGAUCAACACUUCCUCAGCUAUGCUUGAGGAGCCUUCAUCCAGUAUUCGUUCUCCAGGUUCCCCAUUGUCACCUAUUGGCGGUACUGAGUCCCUGCCAUCGUUAUCAUCAUCGUCUGAGAUGAUGCAAGAGCAGAUGGAUCUGUUGCACGAUCAGAUGGAACAGCUUUACAACCGGAAAGCACGAGUUGAGGUUCAAGUACAAGGUCUGGAGAGCGAAAAACAUCAGUUGACAAAAGAAAAAGAAGAAUUGAUGAAAGAAGUGGAGAUGUUGAGAAAGGAGAAACAAGACCUGUUGAUGGCAAAUAGUGCACAGUCAGCAACAGCCACAGCUACUACAGCUACUAAUGCAGUAUCUUCGACAGCGACAGAACCCUUGACAAUGUCUACAAACGCGUUGCUGGAGAAGGCCUUAUCAGAUCGUGUGGCGAUGUUGUUGCAAGAGACGGCACGUUUAGAAAUAUUGAAGAAGCAACUUGAGAACCAAGUAAAAAAAUAAAAUAAAUAAAUAAAUAAAAAUAGCAC